UCCCAGCCCCCGGGUCAACCCGCUAUCGCGUCCUCUGGAUGACCUCCUCCAACCACAGGUCGCAGCCCCAGCCCCCCCUCCGUGACUGUACUUGAAUGUGGGGCCUCUAAGGAAGUGCUUACGGAUAAAUGAGGCCAUGAGGGCGGGGCUCGUAUCCUUUAGGAUUAGGUUCCUUGUAAGAAGAGACCCCAGAACCAAGCCCCCUGUCCGCCCUGUGAGGACACAGCCGGAAGAUGGCCAGGAGGGCUCUUUCCAGAAACCCACCCUGCCAGCCCUGGAUCGGUGCCUUCCAGCCUCCAAAACUCUCAGGAGAUUCGUGGUCGAUGGAGGUACUGAUUUCUUUUGGAAUCUGGAGGAUGGCCAGUGGAUGACCAUUGCUGGAAGGUCAGACACUCCACUGGAGGACCAAUUAACAAACCAGGAAUUGAGAGUGGAUAGAAGAGAACAGCUCUCCCAAUGCAAAAGAAAUUCAUGCCCAAAUACGGCACGACCCAGGAAAUGCUUUAGUAAUAUAACAGGCUACUGCCGGAAGAAAUGCGAGAUGGGGGAAAUCUAUGAAGUGGCAUGUCGAAAUGGGAAAUUAUGUUGUGUUAAUGAAGGCGAAAACAAAAAACACAAGAAAGCCCCAAAGUCGCCUUCCUUUUUGGUACAGCCUGAUGGGAAGAUGGACUAUGUUAUUUUACCCACUACCACACUUCUUACAAUCCAGAUAUGAAUCAGGGGCUGGCUCCACUGGUCUCCACUCUUCUUAAACCCAAAACGCCACCUCUUCCGACAUCCUGGGGCAAGAGAUGUAUCUACUUCUUCUGUGACCUUGAUUCUCCACAUAAUAAAGUUUUUUUUUUUU